AUGAACGGUUCGCGCCGGUGGUUGAUGCUGACGCUCCAGGCGCUGCUGCUGGCGACCAGCAGCGGGAAGCAUCACCCUCACAGGCGGUCCAUGCCCACACAAGCGACAAUACCAGUAUCAAAGAGCGGCUGGCGGCCUGUCAUCGGCUCGGGGGGCGUCCUCUACGGAACCUUCGCGGGCGCUCACCAAAACCCCUCGUACAAAAUACCAGUCCCAGUAUUAGACUUUUAUCCCUCAUCGUCCCGUCCACUAGUGGCCAGAGACGCAACCAAACUAACAUCAAUAGCCCAGAGCUAUAGACCAACAACUCUUAGAACCGUAUCGGCAGCCCCUCCCGCUCCCCCCGCCAACCAACCAAUCAACUCUUACCACAACCCUUUCGCUUUACCAAACAACGGGUUCACAUACAAAUACAUCCAGAACUUUCCAUUAGACAGCGUCUUGAUCCGAAACCCGCAGAAUCCAUACGCCGCUCGCCCGGUUUUCUCUAAAUACCCGGCGAAAAUCAAACAGCCGUACCACAACACUGUGUUGCAGCAACUAACAAAUAUACAGCCGAUACAUUUCGGGCAAUAUCAGACGAGCAAGCCCCUGGAUGUGUUUGGGAAGCCAGUGGAGGGCUACGCGAGGCCGACGGAGCCCAGUAAACAAUCGCAUGGCACGGAGAUCUUUAAGCCCGAGGUGUACAAGUUGCCAGACAGCGACACGGCUUCGCAGUCGCUGACCCAGCAAGUGAAGACAGCUCAGCAGUCGUUCGUGGUCACCCCGAAGGCACCAGCUUAUUCCCACUAUGCAUUCCAGGACGCCUUUCCACCGAGCAUUUUAGGAACAUUUGGCUCGUUUGGAGUCCAGUCAGUGAAAGCAAGAGACCCAGUAUUCCCUAACACGAAGACCACCUAUCUGCCUCCACAACCAACCAAGCAGACCAUCUUCAACUCGUUCAGCUUCUCACCUUCAUACAAACCUACUGUUGGUGUACUCAGUUCCACCACACCCAAACUGCAAACAACUUUGAAUCAACUGAACUUUGCCUUUAACGACUACAAAACACCAACUCAACAGACAAAAGUCUCAGCAACUCCAGCUAAAAUAGACCCUAAUGCCCCGACAAAAGGCUCAUUCAAACCAAGCCCGCAAGAUCCAUUCAUCAAACACUUCCAAGCGGGCUACAAUAAGGUGGCAGUGACCACAUAUAACCCAAUUCAAGCCACGACUUUGGCUGGCAACUAUUACGACUUCGCUUUCCCCUCGCAACAAAGUGCGCCUGUCCAAAACCAGAACUUCAAUACAUAUGAAAAUAAGAAACAAAAGAUACACGACAGCUUCGCCGCUGGAGGGAACCAAGUUGUAAACCAAGUCCCUCAACACUUCACCAACCCACCCAAGCAAGACAUAAACUCCGUAAGCAGCAGACCGACCUAUGAAGUCAUAGAAACUACGGAUUCAGGCGACGAUAUCGUCACACACUCGUCACCCCCAGCGUGGACUUACCAGUCAUACGAUAAUCUGAAAUCAACAGAGCAGUCGGUGACGAAACACUAUAUUGAUAGCAUCUUCGGCCAGCCGACGACGACGACCGUGCCCGAACUUCCCGAGGAAUAUGCCAUCGUGACCGAAGCCGACAAAGGCUAUGAAAACUCUUUGAUUUACGACGGCCACGUUGAAUCUCAAAGCAGGCGGCCUCUGGGCGAUGACUUCGAACCCAUCGGUAAGCACAAACUGAAAGACUACUACUACAAGGUGUCGACAGCAACGUACGAAGAUCAUACAAGACGAACGAAGAAACCUACCGACGCUCCUAAGAUUGAAGUUACCACAACUCACUUCGAUAUCACGCACGACAAAAACAAUGAAAAUCCAACUGAAGCUCUGCCUACGCUGCCUCCUAAUAAGCAUUUCAGACGUCCUAGUUCCCAAGAACCAUUAGACAAGGAUAAGAUUCGGAAAAGGAAUAAGAACAGGAGACGACGGCCUCCGCUAGCGAACAUCAACAACACAAGCUCCACGACCCGAAAAUAUUAUCAGACGACAACAGAGGCCCCGUUACUACAAACCACGGAACCUGAAGAAUCUCAUACAUUUAAACCCCGCGUCCGGCCUUUCAAACUAAAAGGUCAACCUAAUUUGACGACACCAAGCAUCACGACGGACCUGACCACUAGCGCAUUACCAACAAUCUCACCGACGAAUCCCACACUUGUCAAAAAGAAACUUGUUCGCCGACCGUUGACAACAACUACAGAAAGACUAGAAACUACAACUCAGAUUUAUAGAGACUCCGAAACUAGCAAUGAUUCACCAAUAAUGAAAAUAGCUAAUCGUCCCACGUACUCUAAGCUGUCACAAUCUUAUGAGUAUAAAUCCAGUGAAACGCCUGACUACACUCACAAGCAGGACGAGAAAGAUACGCCAACUAGUGACAUAGCUGUAAACUUAAGCGAGACAACAGCCCGUAAUGAAGCAGAUCAGGCCACUGCCUUUGCAUUCCAUAAAGAUGUAAAACCAAUUGAAGCUAAAUUAGAAACUACUACGGAUUCUGCCAAAGGAACCGAAGCACCUAGCGAAGUGACGAGUAAUCGCGGUGAAACGCCGGGAAGAAUACAAAGACCUAGACUGAAGAAUAAGUUCAAUCGACCGAAAUUCAGCGUCAAGGAUUAUAGAAAUCGGCUCAACUCAACGACAAGUACAACUGAGAAAACGGAAUCGUCAACAAAAUUAAGAUUCCCACAGAGAAGGGUACCGGGCACUGAAAGCUAUUUCAAUACUGACGUUGAAGUAACUACUGAGAGAAGAAAGUUCAUGCCCAAAGAUCCGCGUCACAAGUCAGGUAACUACUCUGAAAAUAAUGAACAAGUUGAGAAAGAGAUACACUCGAUAAGACCACAGAGAAAUAGACAAACGGCGGAACCCACUGAAGCAGUUACACAAAAAAUAUCCUCGCGUAUUAGGAAUAGCCAGCGCAGAACUAAACCGACAGAAGAGACUGAAUCAAAUCCUACGACUGUCCACAGCAAACGGCCUCUUAGGAAAAAGAUAAAAGAUUCAAGCGGAGAAGAGACACAAGAUGUACCUGUCACUGAAACCACAGUGCACUACGACCACAAAAACGAUUAUACAUCGGAAAGAACGCGGUCCGAGAGCGCAAUAAUGAAGAUAGCUGACAAAAAGCACCAAGAUCAUCAUUUGGAGCACAUAUUUGAACAUUCCAAACGAGUGUCUGAUCUGACGUUAGCAGCGAGCAAGGAUUACAAUACUCCCGGCAUGUUCAAAACAGUUUCUUCGAACAGCCGGCGGAUACCAAAUUACUUCACGAUAGCUACAGACGAUCCUAUUCUGCCCAUCGAAGCAUUCUUCCCACAGUUGAACCAAAAGAAGGAAUCGUAAUUUUCCUGAGUUAUUUUAAUUUUAAAACCAAAUUAUU